ACACACACACACACACACACACACACACACACACACACACACAUAUUUUAGAUGAUGGUGGACGUCACGCUGGCUCAAGUGGGCAAGAAUCUGACUGAAGCCAUGAGGAUCCUGGGUGACGGACAGAGAGCGCUGGAGGCAGGAACAGAGACACGGCGCUUUAGUAGAACCAGCAUUCCUGGACCCCUGCAGGGAGAUGGUCAGGAUGUUGCCACUAUACUGCACCUUGUUCACAGCCUCAUUCAUGAAGAGGAGGAGGAAGAGGGGAAGGCAAACCAGCAUAGGAUGCAGAAUGUGGGUGAACAGGGUCACAUGGCGCUGCUGGGUCACAGCCUGGCAGCCUACAUCUCAGUGUUGGACAGAGAGCGACUGCGGAAGCUGACCACUCGGAUCCUGUCUGACACCACGCUGUGGCUCUGCAGACUGUUCAGGUAUGAGAGUGGUUCAGCCUACUUCCAUGAAGAUGACAGGGACGGUCUUGUCAAAGUGUGUCGGCUUGUCAUCAAUGCCCGUUAUGAAGAAUAUGCCUCUGAGGGCUAUGCAGUCCUCAGCUCCAAACAGCCAGUCAUCUACCAGAGUGCCUCCUGCAGGCCUGGUCUGGGACAGCAUCUGUGCAGCCAGCUCGGCCUGCCUCUCUCCAGUUUGUGCACAGUCCCAUGCAACACCAUCUUUGGAUCCCAACACCAAAUGGAUGUUGCUCUGUUGGACAAACUAAUCAAAGAGGAUGUAGAUGCUGGGAAACUUCCUUUGCUGUUGAUCGCCAACGCAGGUACCCCUGGUGCUGGCCAUACAGACAAGCUGGGUCGUCUGAAGGAGCUGUGUGAUCAGUACAACAUGUGGCUCCAUGUGGAGGGAGUCAACCUGGCAACUCUGGCACUGGGUCAGGCUACCUCUGCUGUUGUGGCAGCAACCAAAAGUGACAGCAUGACGCUGACGCCGGGUCUGUGGCUGGGACUGCCUGCUGUAACUGCUGUCACCCUCUACAGACAUGAAGACCCAGCACUGUCUCUGGCAGCAGGUUUGACCUCCAGCCAGCCAGUGGAGAAGCUACGAGCGCUGCCUCUCUGGCUCUCUCUGCAGUACCUCGGUCACAAUGGAAUCGUCCAGAAGAUCAGACACGCCACUUCUCUGAGCCAGCAACUGCUGCAGAAGUUAAAAAGUCUGACCUCCAUCAAAACAUCGGUGGAAGAUGAACUCAACUCUCCUGUGGUGCUAUUCAAGUUUUCCCAGGAAAUGAGUGCUGCAUCCAGUGGGGGGUCAGUGGAGGGUUACUGCGCUGGUGAGAAAGAGGUGCUUGAUACCUUCAACAGAUGGCUGGGUGAGCAGCUGGCCCAGCUUGUUCCCAACAGUGGGAUAGAUGUAGUGGAGCUUGAAGAUGAGGGUACCUGUGUUCGUUUCAGCCCCCUCCUAACUGCUGCAGUUCUGGGGACCCAGCAGGAGGAUGUGGAGGACCUGGUGGAGAAGCUAUCAGAGCUGGUGCCUAUGAUGAACUCCACAAUGUCCCUCAGACAAGACUUCAGAGAGGAGACCCACCGACACGCACCUUCCAUCAGAUAUAUGGAGGAGCUCAGCUGGCCUGGCCUGGGAGCUGUCCAGUACGUGCCACAGACUGAAGAAAUGGAUGAGGGCCGGACACAGCAGGAGCUGAAGAAAAUCAACACUGAGCUGCUGAAGAAACUACAAGAGCUUGACACUGACAUCAUCUUCUCCACAGGCCCUGAGUUUGGGACAGAGGACUGUGUCUUUGUGAGCAUGGUAACUGAAGAUGUGGACGUUUCAGAACUGGUGGACACCAUAGCUGCUCUGGGGAGGGACAUAGAGGAGAGUGGAAGGCUAUUGGAGAACAUGACAGAGGUGGUGAGGAAAGGCAUCCUGGAGGCAGAGCUGCAGCUGCAAAAAGCCAAUGAGGAGAAACUCAUGGAAGAGGGGAUGCUAAGACAACUUCCUGUGGUUGGCUCUGUGUUAAACUGGUUCUCUCCAGUUGAAAGCUCCAUUAAGGGCAGGACCUUCAACCUGGCUGCAGGUUCUCUGGACUCGACAGAGGGGACAUACUCCACUAAGGCCCAGGCAGGCAGGCCUCUCCAACAAGACUCUCCCACCUCCUCAUCAAAGAGACUGCCAGGUCAGAGGUUAUUCCGGCGCUCAGGAGCAGGCUCUGACUCCUUCAGUGAAACUAGCUCUGUCGGACACACUGAGGAGAUGAGCAGGGAAGGCGGUACCACCCUGAGCAGUAGCCUUCACCCCCCCACCCCUCCACCUGUACCUGAGGAAGACUUGCAGAGUACGUGUGACGCCGUACCAAAGGAAGCUGAGGAGUUGAGUGUGCAGGAGAACACACAGGUGGAGGCUGAAGAGGCCUCAGAGGAGAGGAACCCUGAAGGCCAAGAGGUGGAGCAGAGCAGAGGAUAGGACCACUCUUUCUACAAGUGUCCUCCAGCCGUCCUCUAAAUGGUACCAGCCUAACAGAUGUUAAAAAAAGAAAUGUUAUUAUGUUGUGAAUC